UGCCGCGAUAUUUCAUCUCUGUUCUGGCGGCCGCAGCGGAGCAGUCACCGCCACUUGGCUAAGUCGUACGUUCAGUGACUUUGCCGCGUCUUCACCGACUCCCGGGGCGGCUCAGAUUUUUUUUAACGCUGAGCACUUUUCCCGGUUCGCAUUUCAUCCGCCUCCAGCUGUCAAAUCUUCCUCACGAAGCACUUUUCUAGCUAGCGUUAGUUAGCGAGCAGCCUGGUGUUGAGGCCGGUCGUCGUGUUCCUGCGCCUCCACAGACGUUAGCGAUGGUUCUCCUAAAGAACCUCCGUCCUCCCACCGACGGAGUGCGACACGAGCAACCCGAGACCACGGCGGUGAUGGACGGCCAGAGGCUGGGCUGCGGCACGCUGUACGUCGCUGAAACCCGCCUGUCGUGGUUUGACGGCUCUGGGAUGGGCUUCUCUCUGGAGUAUCCCACCAUUGGCCUUCACGCCAUCUCCAAGGACGUGGCUGCGUUCCCGCAGGAGCAUCUGUACGUCAUGGUCAACGGCAAACUCGGCGAUGAGAAUGACGCAGAAAUGGUAGAGAAAACAGAAGCAGCACCAGCUGAUGAUGACGAUGACUGCAGCGACAGCGGGGAUGAAGGCCCGAUCACAGAGAUUCGCUUUGUGCCCAGUGACAAGGCAGCAUUGGAGUCCAUGUUCUCUGCCAUGUGCGAGUGCCAGGCGCUGCACCCGGACCCAGAGGACGAAGACUCAGACAACGACUUUGAAGGAGAGGAGUAUGACGUGGAGGAGGCUGAGGCAGAGCACGGCCGCACUGAUGUCCCAACCUUCUACACCUGUGAUGAAGGCCUCUCAGCGCUCACGCAGGAGGGCCAGGCCACGCUGGAGAGACUGGAAGGCAUGUUGGCCCAGUCGGUGGCACAGCAGUACCACAUGGCCGGGGUCCGCACCGAGGACACCAAAGCUGAAUUUGAAGAUGGUAUGGAGGUGGACACAGCAGCGAUGGAGGCCGGACAGUUUGAGGAUGCAGAUGUGGAGCAUUGGUGA